AUGUUGACAGACGCAGAAACUACUGAUAGAGACAACCUGGCAGACCAUCUAGACCGAUUGGACAUUGAAGAUGAAGUCUGCCUAGAGUCUCAGCUGAUACGCAGUAACACAGAGGAGUCUAUGGAUAACGAUGAUGAGAGCGACGAUGUGGGGAGAAUCUCAUACUACACGGGAUGUCAUAUCUAUCUUGCGAGACGCGAGGUCGUCCUCGAAACAGAUGAACCAGGCAUCGAGAAUUCUCAAAGCGUUUUCCUAGCACACGGGGAUAAUGAGAUUCUGCAGCUUGAUAAGCUUCCCUCCAUGGUCAACGAAUAUGAUCUUAUACGAGAACACGCCAUCGAGAUCAUCAGGGCAACAGAACCGAUGACAGCGGAGCGGUCUAUACGGUUCGGAUACCUCAGCGAUCAGGCAAUAGAUCUUUCCGAACUUCAGGAGAGAUGCUAUAAAGCAGUUCAGGCAGCUUUCAUGGCUGCCGCCUCUGCCUGCGAAGACCCCGCGGAUCAUGAAGAGGACACUGGCUUAGAUGUGCAGAACCUAAACUCAAAGGAGACUUUGGUACCGGAAGAAGGAGCAGAGACCAAAAAUAAGCCAGAUCAAGCCUCUUAUUGCUGCUUCAUAGCCCUUAACAUGGCCGCGCGUGUGCUAGACGCUUCGACAGUAAUGCAAAUGGCUCACAAGGUCUCUAGUGGUGCCAAUUUGGAUGAUCUUAUCUUCAACAUCGAGAUAUUUAAGCCACUGACCCAAAGCGAGCCAUGGGAAGCUGAUGUGCCAGAUAAGCCGGGGUACCAUAAUGUGUAUGCGCUACUGGGGUGUCUCAUGGCUACAGCAUAUGUCAACCAGUCCUUCGCUAUGGAGACCUUCUAUCUCGACCGAGCGAUCAGCAACCUCGAUAUCGCAGUCCUGAAGAUGCCAAGAACCCCUUUCAAGGAGUUUCACCAUUAUUUGCAAACCGUGCGGAAAGAUGUACAGCGCUUACAGGCUUUCUUCCAACGCAUUGAGAUGGAAGAUGACCCGUCGAUUGACACCGUUAUCUGCGCUGUCUGCCUAGAUAUAAUGCCUGUUAUUGGGUUCCAUGAUACCAAUUAUCCUUAUCACAAUAUGGACUUUGCGGACGCUACCGCCUCAAUGUACCCACUUUUCAAUAUGUCGUGGCAGAACAUCCAGGAAAUGAACUACAGCAAUCGCUCUAUCGGUCAGCGUUGGUUCGAAGAGUCCGAUGAUCUCCUGGCUGAUUACUUGUGGGGUCGAGACGGAGCUCUAAGGAUGGAGCUAAUUGCUCGCUAUGCUUACAUGGAAGAGAAGUUCUAUGCCACCUAUGAACUAUACUGCUUACCAGGAAUUGACCCUCCUUGGAAAGUGAUUGGAGCGGGAACACAUGUUCAGCAUGAUGUUACCUCGCCGGAAACCUGGGAUAUGAUACGAGGCUGGAUCCGAGAUUGUGUCAAUGAACACGAUGACUGCAAAGUGGAGAGCGAGGAUCGGCCCUUUCCGAGCCGUCUCGUCUCUUUUGGAGAUAAAGACAUAGAGCCUCAUCUGUUUAUACCCAGCCCCGACGACCGCGGCCGAUACAUUGCUCUCAGCCACUGCUGGGGUGAUGCUAUGCCUCUUAAGACCACCAAAGCUAGCUUCACUGAGUUUUGCCACAGCAUCGACUUCACCCGGUUUCCAAAGACAUUCCAAGAGGCGAUCAUUGUUUGUCGGAGACUGAAAAUUGAGUACCUAUGGAUAGACUCACUCUGCAUCAUCCAAGAUGAUGAGCACGAUUGGGCCGUUGAGUCUCCCAAGAUGUGCGAUGUUUAUCAGAAUGCGUAUCUCACUAUCGCUGCCGCCGGAGCACAUGAUAGUAGCGAAGGGCUCUUUCACCCACGGCCUUUCAGCCUUCGAAAGUCAUUCCCAACUGUCUCAAAGAAUGACGAAAAGGUUGAAGAGGUUGAGGUCUUCGCCAGGCCGUGGGAUUCGCAGUGCCAUUGGCAGGACAGCAUCGGCGAUGGUCCAUGGUGCCGUGAACCAAACCCGCUUGAGAAGAGAGCAUGGACUUUACAAGAGCAUGUGCUAUCCCGCAGAAUCCUCCGGUUUACCGCUCACGAGCUAGUCUGGCAUUGUCGUACGGCUCGCCUCUGCGAGUGUCGUCCCGGAUCGCAAGCACACAAAGAGUCGCUCAGGCUCAUCAACCUAGAAGCCUUGAUAUCAGGGAAAGACCCUAUACAUGCCCCGCGGAUCCUGGAGCCUUUCAUUGUCUGGCUGGAUAUAAUCGGUCCAUUCACCAGCCGUGCCAUCACCCGCGAGACAGAUCGGCUUCCUGCUAUCUCGGGCGUGGCUGCUGCACUCGCUCCUUUUAUCAAGACACAGUAUAUCUCCGGUAUUUGGAAGGAUGAACUUGAAACGAGCAUUUGCUGGCAUGUGGGAAAGGGGCCGACUUCGAGACACGAAGCAUACUACGCGCCGACGUGGUCCUGGGCCUCUGUCAUAGGACCUAUGCUUAUUCACGACCUCUAUCACCUAUGCCCAUUGCCGCAGACAAAAGUAGUUGACGUACAUCAUAUGCUAGCGACCCCAAACCCUUAUGGUAGUGUUUCUUCUGCAACGUUGACCGUCAGUGGCAUUCUGUUCGAUGUAUCGGUCUCGAAGCUAGAUCCCAGCCCCGAUGAUGGGACGCCUUUUCGGAUGCAUCCCCUCAAUAACUCACUUCUAGAGACAGAUAUGAACCUAUCAAUGGAAUGUGUAGCAUUUCCGGAUAUCUUGACGGCAUCGGAAGAUGCUCCCGAACUGGUAAUCGGAGAUACUAUCCGCUUUCUGUUUCUUGGGUGCAAGAUGUACUCUCAAGGAAUUCGAAGAGUCAAAUGCGAUGAGAAAAAACCCGCUUGUCAUCGCUGCACAAGCACUGGUCGGAAAUGUGACGGCUACGCGCUUAUGCAGAAGAUCAACCCGCGAGAUGUGGCGCAAGGUCGGAUGCUAUUGCCGCGCGUCGCUACUGUCAAUUCGCAAUCUUUACUGCCGCUUGAGGAGCGGAGGGCGCUUGGGUACUUCCACAGUGUUAUCUCACCGCGGCUGUCGAGCGCUAGGGAUGGCUACUUCUGGACCCAUCUUGUGAUGCAGCUCAGCGAGUCGGAGGCUGUUGUGAAACAUACCAUCUUAUCGAUAAGCUCGUUGUUUGAGUCUUCUGAGGGGAAGAGUGUCGCGCCGUAUACGGAGAGAUUCGCGUUGCAGCAUUAUACACAGGCUAUUCAGCGUCUCAAGACGAUUCACAGUGAGCCUUUGGUAUUGCUUGUGUGUAUCUUGUUUAUCUGCGUCGAGUACCUUCUUGCGAAUAACAAGAUUGCACUACAGCAUUGUCAACAUGGCCUUGCGAUCAUGGAAAAGUGCAGCAAUCCUUGGGCGCGACGGUAUUUGAUGCCUGUCUUUAGACGUAUGACCGCCGUGCCCAUGCUUUUCGGUCCUGAGGACAUUGAGAGCGAGAGCAUGCCAGCCUUGACAUAUAUGAUACCGACCAAGUUUUAUUGCAUGGAAGACGCGCAAUACAUGAUGGACGAUAUCUUCAACCGAGUGGUGCGACUCUGCCACAUGAGACAUCGCGGAGUCAUCUUCGAUAUGACAGAAGAGUACAACACAGUCGGCACUCAUCUUCAAACCUGGCAAACGUUAUUCGAAAAGCUUCAAGUCGAUACGAUAUCUCUACUAUACCAAGCUCAAGAGAGAUCAUUGUUUAUGCGACUCAAACUCUCUUAUCUGGAGUUAAGUGCCGACUUCCGAUACGAGGAGCACAUGGGGACAUUUCGCCAGGUGCUCCAACUAGCGAGCUGGCAAAGUGAAAGGUCCACUAAGCAGUCUAGCUUCGAACUUGCUUAUACCCCCAUGCUCUUCUUUACGAUAAUGAAGUGCCCUGAUUUAGUCUCUCUUUUCGACAUGAAGUUCUUCACUCUUACCUUUCUCGCCAUGAUCUCAGGCGCAGUGGCACUGCCUGUUGCCGCCCCUGAUAGCGGACAUAUUAGCUACGAAGGACUGAAGGCUCCUCCCAAAGCUGCGAACCAAGCUGAUAACGGAUAUACCCGUGGCUGUAACCCGUACUUCCAAUGCCGUGGAGGCAAAUAG